AUCAAUUUCUUGCAUUGAAUUUCUCCGGCAUUCCCAGCCAAAAUUCUCUGCUCUCAAUAAUGAGCAUUAAUUCAUAAUCAUACAUCCAUAUCCUACUGUAUUUGAAAAACCCAACAAAAUAACUAAAAAAAUCCAAUUGGAUUUCGAAGAAUAAAGAAAUGGAAGCAAGAGCUAGAGCUCCAGGGAAAAUCAUACUGGCUGGAGAGCAUGCUGUGGUCCACGGAUCAACGGCCAUGGCUGCCGCUAUCGAUCUCUACACUUAUGUUUCCCUCCGCUUCCCCACCCCUUCUGAUAAUGAUGAUACACUUAAACUCUACCUCAAGGAUAUGGACUUAGAAUUUUCUUGGCUGGUUGGAAAAAUCAAGGAAGCUAUCCCAGAGUUGGGCAGUUUUAGUGCCUCUUCACCAACGUCAUGCUCACUGGAAACUACAAAAGCAAUUGCAGCCUUAGUUGAUGAACAGAACAUUCCAGAGGUGAAAAUAGGGCUCGCUUCUGGUAUUUCUGCAUUUCUUUGGCUAUACAUCUCUAUCCAUGGUUGUAAACCAGCAAAGGCCACUGUCAAUUCUGAGCUUCCUCUUGGAUCAGGCUUGGGUUCGUCUGCUGCCUUUUGUGUUGCGCUUUCAGCUGCCCUGCUUGCCUUAUCAGACUCUGCAAAGCUGGAUUUUGGCCACCAAGGUUGGCAGAUAUUUGGUGAUAGUGAGUUGGACUUGGUGAACAAAUGGGCGUUUGAGGGUGAAAAAAUUAUCCAUGGGAAGCCAUCUGGGAUUGAUAAUACAGUUAGCACAUAUGGUAACAUGAUCAAAUUUAAGUCUGGCGAGUUGACACGCAUCAAAACUAAUAUGCCACUAAAGAUGUUGAUAACUAACACAAAAGUAGGGAGAAACACAAAAGCAUUGGUGGCAGGUGUUUCAGAACGGACAGCAAGGCAUCCAACUGCUAUGGCUGCUGUAUUUAAUGCUGUUGAUUCCAUCAGCAAUGAAAUGGCUACCAUUAUUCAAUCUCCUGUUUCUGAUGAUCUUGCCAUAACUGAGAAGGAAGAGAAAUUAGAGGAAUUAAUGGAAAUGAAUCAGGGAUUGCUUCAAUGCAUGGGUGUCAGUCAUGCUUCAAUAGAAACUGUGCUCCGAACAACGUUAAAGUUCAAACUGUCAUCGAAGUUGACUGGAGCUGGUGGCGGCGGCUGUGUUUUGACACUGCUACCAACAUUAUUGUCAGGAACAGUUGUUGACAAGGUAAUUGCAGAUUUAGAAUCAUGUGGGUUCCAGUGUUUGAUUGCUGGAAUAGGUGGGAAAGGCAUGGAAGUUUCCUUCAGCGGUACUUCCUGAUAUUGUCUGCUGCAGCUGCCAAUUGUAAGAUCUAUCUCUUUAGAAUCAUAUAAGUUUGUUGAAGACAUUUGUUUCUUCAAAUUUUCCCAUUGAUCAUUGUUGUAUGUUCAUUAUUCUGUAACGGAAAGCUAUUGUAUCAAAUAACAAUCACAUUGUUGAGAAAAAGAUGUCUUUUCCUGGGUGACAUUAGCCUCAAUCUUCAUUCUCAA